GAACCGAAACAAAUACCGUAGCCUAUAGUCCGGCCGCUGCCCAAAACAAUCUAGUAAUCGUGGGCUACUGUCGGGCUUCCCUGGCAGCACUUGCUGGUGCAACUGCUGGAGUCUUGGGUCUCACAGGAUUUUUAGGCUUCCUUUUCUACAUAGCGGCGAGUGCUGUGCUUUCAAUUUUAUUGCUCCGCAAAGCAGGAUCAGAUUGGCAGAAGUACUUUAUGCAAAAGUCCGCCCUACUGUAUAAUAUGAUAUUUGGCGAGCUCACAACAUACAUUCUGUGCUGGACAUUUUUGUACGGAAUGGUUCAUGUUUAUUAA